GGGAGGAGAAGUGACAGUAAAGUGGACCUCAGGUCCGGGAGAAGAACUUCUAACGCCAAAUAGGUGGGGGCGUAUGAGGAGGGCACGAGCUCCCGGCCCGGGCGGUGUCUGAGCAGAGGGCGUCGGGCUCUCACCUGUCGGAGCGGGGGUGGGGGCCGCCCAGAUCCCCCGGCGGUGCGGGAGCGCGGGUCGCCGCGGGCGGCCAUGGCCUUACCGUGCGGGUGGGGAGACCGAGGCUCGGCCCGGCCCCGCCGCCUUCCCCGCCCCCGGCGCGCCCCUCCCCGGCCGCCGCGUCCGCGACCGCACAGCGCCCGGCUCGGGGUUCCGGCGGCAGCACCUGGGCCGCGAUUGGCGUCCGGCUGGGGCAGCGCCGCCCGCGCCCCUCGGCGAUGACCUCGGCUGGCGGCGCCCCAGGAGCCCUGCCCGCGGGGACUCCUGAGAGCAGCCUCCACGAGGCCCUGGACCAGUGUAUGACCGCCCUGGACCUCUUCCUCACCAACCAGUUCUCAGAAGCACUCAGCUACCUCAAGCCCAGAACCAAGGAAAGCAUGUACCACUCACUGACUUAUGCCACUAUCCUGGAGAUGCAGGCCAUGAUGACCUUCGACCCUCAGGACAUCCUGCUCGCCGGCAACAUGAUGAAGGAGGCACAGAUGCUGUGUCAGAGGCACCGGAGGAAGUCUUCUGUAACAGAUUCCUUCAGCAGCCUGGUGAACCGCCCCACGCUGGGCCAAUUCACGGAAGAGGAAAUCCACGCUGAGGUCUGCUAUGCAGAGUGCCUGCUGCAGCGAGCAGCCCUGACCUUCCUGCAGGGUUCCUCACGGGGAGGAGCAGUCAGGCCCAGAGCCUUGCAUGAUCCCUCUCACGCCUACAGCUGCCCACCUGGGCCAGGCCAUCAGCAUCUUUUCCUCCUGCAGGACGAGAACAUGGUGAGCUUCAUCAAAGGUGGCAUCAAAGUUCGAAACAGCUACCAGACCUACAAGGAGCUGGACAGCCUUGUCCAGUCCUCACGAUACUGCAAGGGCGAGAACCACCCGCACUUUGAAGGAGGAGUGAAGCUCGGUGUGGGGGCCUUCAACCUGACACUGUCCAUGCUUCCUACUAGGAUCCUGAGGCUGCUGGAGUUUGUGGGGUUUUCAGGAAACAAGGACUAUGGGCUGCUGCAGCUGGAGGAGGGCGCGUCAGGGCACAGCUUCCGCGCUGUGCUGUGUGUCAUGCUUCUGCUGUGCUACCACACCUUCCUCACCUUCGUGCUCGGUACUGGGAAUGUUAACAUCGAGGAGGCCGAGAAGCUCUUGAAGCCCUACCUGAACCGGUACCCUAAGGGCGCCAUCUUCCUGUUCUUUGCAGGGCGGAUUGAAGUCAUUAAAGGCAACAUUGACGCAGCCAUCCGGCGUUUCGAGGAGUGCUGUGAGGCCCAGCAGCACUGGAAGCAGUUCCACCACAUGUGCUACUGGGAGCUGAUGUGGUGCUUCACCUACAAGGGCCAGUGGAAGAUGUCCUACUUCUAUGCCGACCUACUCAGCAAGGAGAACUGCUGGUCCAAGGCCACCUACAUUUACAUGAAGGCCGCCUACCUCAGCAUGUUUGGGAAGGAGGACUACAAGCCGUUCGGGGACAACGAAGUGGAAUUAUUUAGAGCUGUGCCAGGCCUGAAGCUCAAGAUUGCUGGGAAAUCUCUACCCACAGAGAAGUUUGCCAUCCGGAAGUCCCGGCGCUACCUCUCCUCCAACCCUAUCUCGUUGCCAGUGCCUGCUCUGGAAAUGAUGUACAUCUGGAACGGCUACGCUGUGAUUGGGAAGCAGCCGAAACUCACGGAUGGGAUACUUGAGAUUAUCACUAAGGCUGAAGAGAUGCUGGAGAAAGGCCCAGAGAACGAGUACUCAGUGGAUGACGAGUGCUUGGUGAAAUUGUUGAAAGGCCUGUGUCUGAAAUACCUGGGCCGUGUCCAGGAGGCUGAGGAGAAUUUUAGGAGCAUCUCUGCCAAUGAGAAGAAGAUUAAAUAUGACCACUACUUGAUCCCAAAUGCCCUGCUGGAGCUGGCCCUGCUGCUUAUGGAGCAAGGCAGAAACGAAGAGGCCAUCAAACUCUUGGAAUCUGCCAAGCAAAACUACAAGAAUUACUCCAUGGAGUCAAGGACACACUUUCGAAUCCAGGCAGCCACACUCCAAGCCAAGUCUUCCCUAGAGAACAGCAGCAGAUCCAUGGUCUCAUCAGUGUCCUUGUAGCUUUGUGGAGCAGUUCCAGGCUGGAAGACAAACAGAGACAGCUGGACAGAGCUCCUGAAAACAUUUCAAAAUAUCCCCUCCCCCUGCCCUGCCCUGCGUUCAGGGUCCACCGGCGCUCCAGUUGGAUGGCACAACAUGGUGUAUCCGUGUAGAAGCCAAGCUGGCAUUUUCACCAGUGUGGCCAAGGGCCUUUGCCAAGGGCAGAGCAGGUGGAGCCCUCUGCCUGCCCUAUCACACAUACGGGUACUUGCUUUUCACUGUGAUGUUUAAGAGAAUGUAUGAACAGUUUACAUUUUCCUUAGAAAUACAUUGAUGGGAUCACAGUUGGCUUUAAAAACCAACAACAAUCAACCACCUCUAAGUCUUUGUCUUCACCUAUUAUCAUCUGGAGGUAAAUCUCUUUAUAUGAUGAUGCCAAAGGGCAAAUUGCUUUUCAAAUUCAGCAAGUUCUCAGCUUGUGUGACAGAAGGCCCUUCAGAGGACCUGAGGAAUGCCUCGAAGAGGCUAAGCCUCAGGCUUCAAUGCUUCUGGGAUUGGGCACCAGGAUGCACACAGACACCCACUACCUUACUACUCACACUUCAUUUCACUCCUUUUGUAAAUUUCCAAUUUAAAAAUCAAGCACGUCUUUUUAGUGAGAUAAAAUCUGAGCUCUUCUGUAGAAAAAUCAAUCAUCUCUACCAGUAGGAAAUGCCAGGGCUUGAUGGAAGAGCUGUGUGGCCCUUUCUAAGCCAAAGCCAGAAGUUUGGGGGCAGGAGGAGGUUCUCAGAAUCCAGUCUGUAUCUUUGCUGUAUGCCAAACUGAAACCACUGGGAAUAAUUUAUGAAACAUAAAAAUCUUCUGUACUUUACUCCAAGGUA